AUGCCGGGCACACUCCAACCCCAGCAGCCUAAUGGUGACGCGCCUCAACGCCGCGGAGUCUACCUCCUUACACACCCUCGCUCGGCAUCCAAUCUCUUCCAAACCAUGAUGGCCAAGCAGCCCGGCUACCAGAACAGUGGAUACAAACUCUUCGAUGCUGGUUUUACCACCUUGGUAGAGCUUGACAAGGGCAAGCUGAGUGAGUGGAGCGAGGAAGAGCAGGAGAAGUUGUAUGAUAGUUUCCGGGUGGCGUUUGGAAAGUUGGAGGAUGAAUUGGAUGAUUGUGCGAAGAAUGGCAAACAAGCCUUUGUAAAAGAACAUACAAUCUUCCUCUCCGCCCCAGACAAGAUCUUCCAAUCCAUCUACCCCGACGACGCGCCCCCCUCCCUAACCGUCCACCAACGCAACUCACCCCAAAAUGCUGAUACCGUUCACACGAACCCGACAUCCGUGCCAGACAAUCUCCUCCUAUCGCUGCAGCCCAUUUUCCAAAUCCGGCAUCCCAUGCUAAUGUUCCCAUCCAUGUUGCGCGCCCAACGCGACUGGAAACCCGAUGCACGACCUCGUUCUCUGUAUUGCAGAGCCACGCUCACGCUCAAGCACUCGCGCGCGCUGUACGAUUGGUACGUCAAGCAUGGAGCUAAAGCUGGUAUCACACCGCGCGUCAUUGACGCCGACGAUAUUAUGAAUAAUCCUGCUGCUGUGAGGCAGUUGUGCGAGCAGACGGGGUUGAGUGCAGAUGAUGUGCAGUAUGAGUGGGAAGAGCGCAAAGUGGAAGAUCCGCUCAUGGCGAGGUUCUUGAGCACAAUCAAUGCUAGUAAAGGGAUCAAGCCUGGGCUGGGCGCCAAGGGGAAGACGCUCGAGGCUGAGAAGAAGAAGUGGGUCGAGGAGUGGGGUGAGGAGGAUGCAGAGGAUAUGGCGAGGUUUGUGAGCGAGGCUCUGCCGGAUUAUGACUAUUUGCAUAGUCGAAGGACGGUGGGUGAGGGUGUUGAGGCAUAG